AUCGUGGUUUCAUUUUCAUUUUUUGCCUCUCUUUUAAUACUGUUCUAGUUGGGUUUAGGAAGAUUACAAGACAUUCCAGAAUUAGCAACACUGAAAGUACAUAUCGAAAGAACGUUUGAGAAAUUCUGUUUGGAAGUAAAUUGGAGACACAAAUUUGUAAAGCUCACCAUGCCUAAUAAGAAGAAAACAAGAAAAACUGGAGAUAGAAAAUACAAGUGUGAUGUUUGUGGUAAAUUCUGGGUUAGUCCUUCACAACUAGAAACACACAUGAGAUACCAUACUGGCGAAAAACCAUUUCGAUGUGAUGUUUGCGACAGACAGUUUAAGCAGAAGCAGUGUCUAAUAGAUCACAUGAGAAUUCAUACUGGGAAAGAAGCUUAUAAACCCCAUGGAUGUGAUAUAUGUGAUCAAUCAUUUGUUAAAGCUUAUAGGUUAAUGAUUCACAUUCGAACGCAUACCGGGGAAAAAUUAUACAGAUGUGAUGUUUGUAGGAAAUCAUUUACCGUGCGAGGUCAACUUCAAAGACACAUGAGAGUCCAUACGGGAGAACGGCCAUAUAAAUGUGAUGUUUGUAGUAAAUCAUUUGCACACAAAGAAAUUCUUGUAAAUCAUAUUAAAAUCCAUACCGGCGAAAAACCAUUUGAUUGUGAUGUUUGCAGGAAAUCAUUUAUAAACAAAACUGCUUUACGAGCACACAGAGUGGUCCAUACCGGAGAAAGAUUACAUAAAUGUGACGUUUGCAGUAAAUCGUUUUCCUCUUUAAGUAAUCUUAUCACUCAUAAAAAACUUCACAAGGGUGAUAAACCUUUUGAGUGUGAUCUUUGUGGUAAAUCAUUUGCCACCAAAAGUGUCUUACAGCAACACGGCUCAACUCAUACAUCAGAAAGAAACCACAAAUGUGAAUCAUGUGGGAAAGGAUUUAAAACAAAAUCUCAUUUAAAGAUCCAUACCCUGAUACACUCCAGUACACAGGCAUAUGUUUAUUGUGACGUGUGUAACAAGCCGUUCAAAAAGAAGGCUGGUCUGAAAAGACACAUUUUAAUCCACACUGAAGGUAAAAACUUUAAAUGUGAACUCUGUGCUCAAACAUUUUUAUAUAAAAGCAAUCUACAACGACAUAUGAUAACUCACACAGGGCUGAAACUUUAUAAAUGUGAUGUUUGCGAUAAAUCAUUCACGACUGCAAGUACUCGUACAAUUCAUAAAAGAAGCCACACGGGGGAAAAGCCAUACAAAUGUGAUAUAUGUGGACAUGGAUUUCGUGAUAGCGGAACUUUAACAAGGCAUGUAAAAAGAAUUCAUCGAGGAGAAAAAUCAGUUUGCGAUGUUUGUGGUAAAGCUUAUUCAGAUCUUAAUAAACACAGAAAAAUUCAUACUGGGCGAAAACCAUUUAAAUGUACAGUCUGUGACAAAUCAUUCACCUGGUCCAAUGUUUUAAUUCAGCACAUGAGAAUUCACACCGGAGAAAAAUCCUGGCCAUGUAAUAUUUGUAAUAAAUAUUUUUCUACAAAUUACCAUUUACGUACCCACAUGAGAACACAUUCCGGUGAAAAACCUUUUAUAUGUAAUGUUUGUGGUGCAGCUUUUGCAAAUAGUAGUAAUUUCCGAUCCCACAAAAAGAUUCAUAAUGGUGAUAAACUUCACAAAUGUGAUCUUUGCAGUAAAAAAUUUCUGUUUGCCACAUAUUUAAGAAAGCACAUCCGAAAAGUUCAUGAUAGUGAAAAAUCAUACAAGUGUGAUGCAUGUGGUAAAGGGUUUUUUGCAAACCAGGAGUUAAAAAUUCACCUCAGAAAACAUACUGGUGAUAAACCAUUUGAAUGUGAUAUUUGUCAUAAAUGUUUUGCUAGUAAUAGUAUCCUAGGAGCUCAUUUAAAAACCCACACACGUCAUGGCCAGAAGCUACAUAAAUGUGAUGUUUGUAGUAAAUCAUUUAUUAUCGCCAGUGCUUUGCGAAAACACAUUAGAAUUGCUCAUGAUGGAGAACAAAGUUAUAAGUGUGAUGCCUGUGGAGAAGAGCUUUUUAGUAAAGCUGAUAUUCAGAAUCACCUGGCAACACAUAGUGGUGGGAAACCUUUUGGAUGUGAUGUUUGUGGCACAGUUUUUGUUGGUUAUAGUGAUCUACAAGCACACAAACAGACUCAUAAUGGACAAAAACUUCAUAAAUGUGAUGUUUGUAGUAAAGCAUUUGUUAUUGGCAGUGUUUUAAGGAAACACAUCAGAAUAGUUCAUGAUAGAGAGAAAACUUAUAACUGUUAUGAAUGUAGCAACAGAUUUUUUAGUAAAUCAGAUUUAGACAGACAUCUUGAAACACAUACUGAUGAAUGAAGGAUUAUAGUGAAACGUUUAGCUAUGUAUUGUUUAAUUGUCGAGAUGAAUGUAGCAAUCCUUUUUUUAGUAAAUCAGAUUUAGACAGACAUCUUGAAAUACAUAGUAACAUACUGAUGAAUGAUGGAUUGUAAAGAAAAUAUUUAGCUAUAUAAAAACAGAACAGCUUGAUAAAGUUGAGAGACUAAUCUUGUAAAUGUCGCUCAAAUAAAUUAGUAUUGUAGUUUUCCAUAAGUAUGUGUUAUACAAAUGUAGUUUAUUGCUUGAUCCAGUUAUUAAAUAGCUCUAAAAGAUAAUAAAAAGGGAAUUGUUA